AUGGCAAGCGACUUCAAGAUUGAGCCUCUGGCUCAUCCUUCGGGGAAGACAUGCAAGUUUACAGACGAAACGGUAGUGCAGUUGCAGAAAGCGACCUGGGAGCACAAGCUUCUUAUCAUCAAAGGCCAAAAGGACCUGGAACCGAAGCGUGGCUGGGAGUUACUGCAGAAGCUUGACCCAGACUCCAAGAAGAUAGAUAACACCACGUUCGCCAGGGCAUUUUACCCAAAAGAUGGCAUAGUGGCAGCCAUCAACUAUGUCGAAGUUCCAGAAGCGGGUGCUUUCGUGUUCAUCGGCAAAGGCCCUCAAGACGACCCAAAAUACGGCAAGCCUGGUCUUAACAUGGGCGAUACCAACUUCAACCAGUACUACCAGAAGCCGCUCGCGGAUGCAGACUUUGAAGCCGGGAAGGCCCGCUUCCAUUGGUGGCAUGUGGACGGCACCUACUGGAAGUAUGAUCCCCCGACCUUCACCAUGCUCCGGCCUAUCAAGUUCCCAACGGAAGGCAAGAGCACGCAGACAGUGGAGUGGGCUGACGGCUCUGGUCAGAGCAUGGAAGUCAAGCCAGGACGAACAGCGUUUGUAGAUGUCGAGCAAUUGUAUGAUAUGCUGAGCGAUGACGAGAAGAAGACGGUGGACCACAGCUGGGUUGAGUACAUGUAUUGGCCUUAUGAAAAGAUCAAGGGCUGCCGUGGUGCUCCAAAUGGCCUAGGCGUCGCAAACGAGGGCAGGGAACUGCCGGACGAAGAGGUAGAGGCGCAUGAGGAAGGAAACAAAGAUUGGCAGAAAAAGCUUCCGUUGGUCUGGGUCAACCCCGUCACCGGUAAGAAGUCAUUCCAGGUGCAGCAUAACCUUGCCCGUAGGCUGUUCAUCCGUAACGGCCCGAAUGACACACCCAAGGUCAUCGAUGACUUGGGUGAGGUCAGGAAGUUCUUGGAUAACAUCCAAGGAAGGAUGAUUAAGCCCGAACACAUCUGGGUGGGUCCCGAGGAAGAGCACGAUAUCCUCCUCUUCCAGAACUACGGCCUCUUCCACACCAAGAUCGAUUACCCAGCCAGUUGGGGUGUCAGGACGGUGCAUCAGGGUUGGUUGCCUGGUGGCAAGCCACCUGCCGGGCCAGUGCCAAUUCCAGAAGCUUAG